AUGACGAAAGAAGAGAAGGUUGAAUACCACAAAAUAUUCGUCCAAUACGAAAAGGAUGGUUACAUAGGAGAGGCAGACAGUAGCUAUGACGGGGUCUGCACCUAUCUACCACAUAGACCAGUCAUUAAAACGGAAGCCAAAACUACGAAAAUUAGACCCGUUUUUGACGGUUCCACACAUCAGCAGAAUAAACCGAGUAUCAACGACCUGCUAGAAACUGGACCAAACUUAAAUCCAGAGAUCCUGGCAGUACUGCUACGGUUCCGGCAGAACAAAAUCGCCUGGACGGCUGAUAUAGCGCAAGCAUUCCUACAGAUAGGAAUACAGGAAGAACACGAGCAGCUAAUAAGGUUCCUAUGGAUCGAAGACCCCGAUCAAGAGCCGGCCAGAGUUAAGGAGUACAGAUGGAAACGAGUACCCUUUGGGCUGUCAUGUAGCCCCUUCAUCUUAAGAGCUGUGAUUUUGAAAUGCCUAGAAGAACACCAGUCAGCAUUUCCAGAAUUGACAAAGCAAUUGGAACACCAACUAUACGUGGAUGACUGGUUGGGGGAGCUGAUAAUAUCAGCGAAGCAACCCUGCUGA